AGCGAACAUCUCCAGCAGCGUUCGCCGUGGCGCGUUCUCGCGUUCGGUUUAGAGCCGACUUGUGCCUCUGUGCUUGCCUCGACGAACUUGGGACGGCACUCGGAUUCGGGCAGUGUCGUCGUCUUCUCGGCAGUUGUCGUCGGCAAAGGGGCUGCACGGUCACACGAACACCGGCCGAUCGGUUAAUUCCUCUCAAAUAAAAAAUUCUUCUCCCUCUCGUCGUCCCGUUCUUCUACGUCUUCUUUCGACUUAAAUAGACGUAGGAAUAAUUUUUCUCGAUUGAACGAAUCCCUCUCGAAGGACGACCAAGGACUAUCUUUCAAAUCUAUCGAAACCAGGAGCGAUGUACCUUGGGAUAUUUCGGACUCGUGUACUCGGUAGGUACGAGGGUUCGCACAGGUCGUCGAUUGGAUAAGAACGAAAAGGAGAGAAGAAGAAGAAGAAGAAGCAACGACAUCAUUUUUGUGUAUCGAUUAAAACGAAUAAAACCGAUCGGCCUCGAAGAAAGAAGAAAGGUAAUUUAACGGAGAAAGAAGGUGCAUUCGAUUUGGAACAUUAUCAUCCUGGUAGCAAGAAGGAUAGAGACAAAAAGAGAUAAAUAGAGAGAAAAGAGAGAGAAAAGAAAGAGAGAGAGAGAGAGAGAGAGAGAGAGAAAGAGAGAGAGACAGAGAAAGAAAGAGAAAGGAAGAGAAAUCACAGGAUGUCUUUCGGUACUAAUCGAUUCCCUUCGAGCCAGCACACGCGUUAUCGCAGCAGCUGGGGACCAUCUUCCGUUUCCGUCUUCGAUCGUGCAGAUGUACCUAGACCAUCUCCCGAAGAAGAGGAGUACGCUGAAUUCUAUCACGAACGACUGCACUCGGCCCAAAGCAGACAACUAAUUCCACUUCAGGAGGAUUUAGCCGACUGGAUCAACAAAACGAUAAACGUCGAUUAUAUUACGGGCGAUAACUUUUUCGAUACGUUGGAUAAUGGCGUGGUGGUUUGCCGAUUGGCUAAAGUUAUACAGGAAAAGGCCAGAUCGGCCGUCGACGCUGGUAAGGCGAAAGGGCCGAUACCGGUAAUAAGAGGACGCUGUUGGGAGAAUGCAGCAAGACGUAGCUUCUUCUCUCGCGACAAUAUGGAAAACUUUAUACAAUUUUGUCGUCGUUUAGGCGUACACGAGAAUCUUCUUUUCGAAAGCGAUGAUCUUGUGUUACAUGGGCAACCACGCAAUGUUGUACUCUGCCUAUUGGAAGUAGCUAGAUUGGCAUCUAGGUAUUCUUUGGAACCGCCUGGUCUCGUACAACUGGAAAGAGAAAUCGCCGAGCAAGAACGAGAUCUUCGUUGUCUCUCGGACAGUGGAAUUUCUCACAGUAGUCUCGUCUCCUGGCAAUUCGCAUCUCCCUCGCCUACGGCAACGCCCCGGCCUCAAACUGAAAAGAUUAAGCACAGUAGUUCAACGUCAGAAGUAGCGGAUAUGACGAAUCGUUGGUUGGAUCCAACAACCGGUGCCACUCACGAACCCGAAAUGAGACGAUCCGUUAGCGAUAAUGGACCAGCCGGUAGCGAUGGAGUACCUAGCGAUACCACGGAGGACGAUUGGUCUCGUGGUAGCGUUGAGGAUCCCGAUGACGUUCCAUCGCCGUCACCCUCGCCAACUAGUUCGCCAUCUCCAACGCAAUCGCCGGCAGAACCUCCGGAAUACACCGGACCGAUCACGGAACUCGAUCGCAAGGUGCGGAGAGUUACGGAAGCCGUUCAAAGGCUUUGUCAAUGUCCAUCUGGUAAAUGCUCGAGAUUGAAAGUACGAAAAGUUGGAGAGGGUCGAUAUCACAUCGCAGGGCGCAACGUGUUUAUAAGGCUUCUGAAAGGAAGACACAUGAUGGUGAGAGUGGGCGGUGGGUGGGACACCUUGGAGCACUUCUUGGCGAGGCAUGACCCCUGUCAGGUGAGGGCACUCAACCAAGAGGGUACACCACCUCCUACCCCUUCGUCUAUUUCACGAGGCAGAAAGCACCGCGGCAACGACUUCCUUCGCAUUCACGCCAAGUAUCGUGGCCUUCCCUUGGAACCCGUCCCCAUAUCUGUCUCCGGGCGCUAGCCUAAAAGCCAACAGCAAGCACGGCAUCAUCGCUCGCACUCCUCGACCCUGCAUAUCACGUAAUAGGGCUACACGGUACUAAUUUACGGUAGCCAACCAUCUUUCAAAGCUACUCGCUAUUUUUUCUCUCUAUCUCUCUGUCCCUAUCUCUCUCACACACAUUCUCUUACACGAACACACGCGUACACCCUGUGCGUUUUUAUUUGAUUUCACCUUCACGUUGGCUCCCAAGAGAGAGUAUGCGUGUGCGUAUGUAUCAAUGUAUGUGUGUUUUACUCACGUUCUUUGUUUACAAUUUUAAUGGUUUAGAACAGGAAAGAAUUGGCGAUAAGCUCGCCUUCUCGUUUUUUUUUUCGCGUCCAUCUCUCUUCUCUUAAGUUUUGUAAGAGAAGAAGGAUGUCAGGGAAUACGUUAGUACACUAACGUCCUUCCUUUUCUAGAGAUUUCUAGAAAAUGCAAUGGUUGUCGUGAAACUCGUACGUUCCUACUUUAUCUUCGCAGGUGCCGUUUGUCGCCUGAAUUUAUUAACGGAGAAAUCAACAUAAUUAAUGUGUAAAGGCGUAUAGUUCAAAGUAUUUAGUUCGAAGUCGAAAUAUUUAUAUGAUUAGAUGUUUAUAAGAAACAUCGUUUCUUUUCAUCGGUUAUCAAUCGAUAAAAAAAUUCAUUACCGAAAGAAAAUGGGCCUAUAUAGUGCGAGUAUCGUUGUGGUAGUUUAAUCGAUUGGCAAAUAAAAACACGUAGACAUAUUUCUUCUUAAUGUUAUUAACUUUGAAUGAAUAUUGUUUUUUUUUUUUUUCCUUUUUGUUCUUUUUAGCGAUGAAACACAGUAGGUCUUUGAAUCAACAUUGAAACAGGUUCUUGUCCACUCCAAGUUCGUGAAUGUUCCAGCCUUUAGAUUAGAUUCUUUAGAGCGAGAAAAUACGAUAGAUGUUCGGAAUGUACUCGCAACGAAAUAUUUUCGAGGAUAGCUUCGAAGUAUUUAGAGAUAAGUAUACGAUUAAGCAAAUUUAUUAUCUUCUCACACAUUCCAAAGAUUCUAAUAUCGUGGCUCGCGUAUUCUCCGACAAGCUUGUCGUACGCACGAUAUGCCUACCGUAUUCUACAUCUCGAUUUGUAUCCAUUUCAAUCUAAUGAUAAUAUUUAUAUACAUAUAUUGUAUGUAUAUCGGAUGCACCCGAUCUCGCGGUUUUGCACAAGUGUAAAAAAAUCGUGAGUCGUUUCAUUGGGUGGCACGCCAUCGUAUAUCAUGAAUAUUCAAUUUUUUACUACGCUUCCUGUAAAAAAAAAAAAAAAAAAAAAAAAGAAAAAGAAAAAAAAAGAAGAAAAGGAAAAAAAGAAAAAACGAUUCGUACCAACGUCGUAGAGUCCCUUUUGAUCUUCCGAGAUUAUUUUAUCAACGAUAAAUAACGUGUUCGAUACGUGACACCAAUAUAAAAGUUCACGAUUCUUGUUGAUUCUUGUUUGUAAUACAAUGUGUGCGGCUCUCGGAAAUUCUUCGACGGAGAUAAGAAGGAAAUAAAAAAAAAAUUAAAAAAAAAAAAAAAGAAAAAAAAGUCCGAUGCAGCUUUAAAUAAGUAGUCAUAGCUUGAAAAUAUCGCAAUGACCAAACUGUUCUUUCCGGCCGAGACGUAUUCGAGGUUAUCAAAAAAAAAAAAAAGAAAAAAUAAUAAUAAAUAAAUGAAUAAAAAUGAAGAUAAGAGUAAAAAUAAUAUAAAUUAGUAUUAAUAAUAAUAAUAAUAAUAAUAAUAAUAAUAAUAAUAAUAAUAAUAAUAAUAAUAAUAAUAAUAAUAAUAAUAAAGAAAAUAGUAUUUUACGAUCGAUCAAUUCUAGGAUGCAUAAUCAAUCUGUCGAUGAACACACGAAGCCCCAAUGAAACUCUCUGUGAUUUUCGUAAGAUAAUCCGUUUGUAAGUUGGAAAUGCGUGCGAUCAUUAUUACAAAGGAAGAAAGUGCAAUUAGUCUCAGGUAGAAUGUUAUGCGUAUAAAAGGAAAGAAAGAAAAGACAAAAAAAAGUUUUGCCUUCUCCAUUUAUAAUUAAUAGGGAAAGAAAGAAAAACCAGUAUCAGCGGAGUCGCCUCUAUGAUCGGAUUAACAUUAAUAAAUGAUAAGAUUUGAUAACUUAACAAUAUACAUUUUGAUACGUCGAUAUAUUCUUAAAAAAAUUUUCAAACGUACACGUAAUCGAAAAGAGAAAACGAGGAAAAGGAAAAUGAAGAGGAAAAAGAGGAGAGAUAAUAAAAAUUUUUAAAAUGCGUAUCAUUCUAUAAGCAAAAUACAUUUGUACGUUAAAAAGACAUUAAAAUUAAAGCGACGCGAUAUAUAUAUAUAUAUAUAUAUAUAUAUAUAUAUAAUAUAUAUAUAUUGGUCAUUGCUUCAAUCUGUAAACGUCGAUAAUUCAUAUAGUGCGCUUUUUUACUUCCUGACGAGCACUAGACGCAUGUAUAUAUCACGAUAGGGAAACUGGGUCGGUCAUUUUUUUUUCUUUUUUUCAUUAAUCAUUUAUCAAACAUAUAACUAAACUUUUAUUUACGUUUUAUCGUCAAACGUAACUUGACAUAAGGAUCAGCUACCAAAAAAACGGGUUGAUCGAUAUGAAAUAGUGUAUUAGCCAGAUAGUAAAUUAAAAAGAAAACUCUGAUCUUUUCUUACGUUUGUUAGAAUUCUGCGAAUAAAUUAUAAAACUUACUCCGCCCCCGACCCUGAAAAGUACUGCACUUUAGCACACGUGUGACUUAUAACAAUUCAUUUUUCAUACACGAUGUAAUGUCAUCUAUCAUGCAAAAAAUGCUUGGACUGCCACGAUAUAUGUUUUGUACUUUUAUAUACAAAAGAAAAAAAAGAAAAAAUGUAAUUGUAAGGUAUGGAAUACAAGUAAGACAUUAUAUAUCAUCCACACGACACAGAUAUCUCUAUUCAAUUUACAGAAAUACAAGGGCAUGGUGUGCAAAGGGAUACCAAAGCAAAGAAAUAUCCGACGAGUAUUGUCGGCACGUUAAGAAAUGCUAAUAUAAAAGAAAUUUUAUAAAGCUAUUCACAGAGAUUCAGUUGCGUCGAUUUAAUGAUUUAUUUGUGAAAAUAGAAAUGACGGAAAAGUGAAAAAGAAAGAAAAAGAAACAAAAUGACUGAUCAUGGAAGUGGAAGCAUACAUUAAAAUUUUUUGAUUUAACAAGAUUCAUAAUUUUGAAUCAAUCGAUUGUAUUUAUGUUUUAACUAUGAACAUUCCUCCCUUGUCGCACAAGAAAUAAUUUUGCCAUAUUGUAUUAUCUGAAGUGCUUAAGUUUUUUGCGUAUUAAUAGUUUAAUUAAGUUGUAUUUGUACCUGUUCGAUCAUCAUAAUAUAGUGUUAUGCGUAAACAAAAGAGUCUGUUUCAAUAGAUCGGACGACGUGUGUAAGUGGUGUUUCACGAUACGAUUCGUUCUCUGCGUUGACGUUCUCAGCGUCGAGGAUUAAUAGAGAAACUUUGAAAAAUGCUUUUUUCUCUAAAUAAUACUAAAACAUAUGUAUGUUAUAAAAA